UCUCUCUCUCUCUCUCUCAGUGGUCACUGGUCACUGCAGAAAAAGAUUUCUUGAAAACUAAGCGAAGACGGCAGUGGGGAAGGAAACAGAUCUUGUCCAGCCUUAGGAGCCUUUUGGCCACCAGAGAUCUGCAUAUGGUGAGUGAUCCCUAACAGUAGGAGUUCUUAUUGUCUAUCUGUUUAUCUACAUUGUUUUUUUGUUAGUUUAUCUCUCGAAUUCAUCUUCUACCACCGGGCUUCGUGUGAAGCGAUCAAAUCACAGACACCGUAAUUAGCAUUUCAGAGAAACCUAGAAAGGAAGUUCCAUGAAAGAAGCGAGUUCAACAGAGCCUGUAGGGCAAAAUCUAAUUAAACUCAUCAGCAAUGUAUGCUUCUCCGUCUUUGUCUUCUCUGUUCUUUUAUUUACUGUAAUUGCCAUCACAUACCAACCUUCGGAUCCCUGGUUUGAAUCCUCCAAAGCCCUCACUAAGGUUUUCACCCAAGUAGAGAACGCCACUUUCAAAACCGAUUCUUCGAUAAUCCAGACCGGCGAGGAUCUGGCCACACUCGCCCCUGCUGUUUCUCCUGCUGCUGCUGCCGAGGUUCCCAUCACCACAAACACCAUCGAGAAGUCUGAGGAGAAGAUUCUUAAUUCCAGCUCGACUUUGGACUGUGACUAUACCUUGAAGCAAGUUAAUUGUUCGGAUCCGCUUGUUCUCAUUGCGAUAGAGAAGUUCAAUCUCAAGGUAUUUAAGUCCAUCGUCUUCUUAGGGUAUCAAACCCCUGUGAAUGGAUCGAAGCCGAACGAGUGUGAUGUGGCUUGGAGAUUUCGGAACAAGAAAGAGAAGUCUUGGCGAAAGUAUAGAGACUUCAGGAGAUUUAGGCUUGGCAUUGGAGAGAACUGCACCUAUGAGGUAGCUAAAGCUAGCGGUUGGCAUUCAGGGACUAAUGCCAAGCGGCCGAGAGGUAAGAUUUCGAGUUCUUCUUCGAGGAAGGGCAAAGCUCCAAGAGUUUCAUCGCCCGUACGUGAUGAGGAGAUUAAUGAUACGAUACCCACAGUUCAGUCAGAUACAGCUUUCAGAAAGGGGAGAUAUUUGUACUAUUCUCGGGGAGGAGAUUACUGCAAAGGUAUGAACCAUUACUUGUGGAGUUUCUUGUGUGGUCUUGGUGAGGCUCAAUAUCUGAACAGAACAUUCGUGAUGGAUUUGAGCAUUUGCUUGGCUGCGACUUAUAAUCCAAGUAACAAGGAUGACGAGGGUAAGGAUUUCCGCUACUAUUUUGAUUUCGAGCAUCUCAAGGAAGUAGCAUCAAUUGUCGAGGAAGUAGAAUUUCUCAGGGAUUGGAAGAAAUUGGAUAAGGCCCAUAAGAAAAAGAUCCCGGUCAGAAAGGUUGCAAGCCACAAGAUUACUCCAAUGCAGCUAAGGAAAGAUAAGAGCACAAUCAUAUGGAGGCAAUUUGAUGCACCUGAGCCUGAGAAUUAUUGGUACAGAGUAUGUGAAGGGCCGGCUGCAAAGUAUUUGCAGAGACCGUGGCACGCCCUUUGGAAGUCAAAGAGGCUGAUGAAUAUAGUUUCUGAGAUUAGUGGCCGGAUGGACUGGGAUUUUGACGCAGUUCAUGUGGUACGAGGAGAAAAAGCUCAGAACAAGGAGCUCUGGCCCCAUUUGGAUAGCGACACGGCCCCAGAUGUCCUUGUUGAGAAGCUUAAAGGGACCAUUCAGCCUUGGCGCCACCUGUACAUUGCCACCAAUGAGCCAUUCUAUAAUUAUUUUGACAAGUUGAGGUCUCACUACAAGGUUCAUUUGCUUGACGAUUACAAGGAAUUGUGGGGAAACACUAGUGAGUGGUACAACGAGACCAAGCUCUUGACUGAUUGGCACCCGGCUGAAUUUGAUGGGUAUAUGAGAGUUGCAGUGGACACUGAGGUCCUGUACAGGGCAAAGACUCGAGUAGAGACAUUUUAUAACUUGACAAUGGAUUGCAAGGAUGGCAUUAGUACAUGCUAAUCCAGGUUGAGGACAAAGCAUAAUAAGGAAUCCAUUUAGAGAAAGGGAUUGCAGUCAAAGAUUUAUUGGUCCAUUGCUUGAGACCUCUUGUGCUUAUUUCUGUUUCUUGAUCUGGUUCUUGGGUUAAAUAUAUUAGGCGGCUUCUUUCUUUCCUGAAUUCCUGUUAUGCUUACUUGUACUUUUAUUUUUUGUAUUCAUGUCUUUCAGCAAUUGGAUCAGGAUCAUUUGUGUAA